CACGUCUCUCCUCCCCUCUCCGCUUCCGCCGCCAUGGCCGCGCCGCGCUGAGCUCCGGCACCGCCGCUCAGCCCCGGCCAUGGCGGCUCCGCUCUCAUAACCGCGUCCGCCAUGCCGAGCGGAGCCGCCGAGGCCAACGAAGCCGCCGAGCCGGCGCUGCUGCUCCUCCAGCAACGCCUGCAAGGCCUCGGCUUCGCCCAAACCGGCCCGGAGGAGGAAGAAGAGGAGGAGGAGGAGGAGGAGGAGGAUGGCGGCGAGGCGGAGCUGAGGGAGGAUGAAGACGAUGAAGCCGCGUUGUUGUUACUCCCGCGCGGCCUGGAUGUUACGGGAGGCCGGGGAAUGAUGGCGGCCAUGCAGUCGCAGGCCUGCGGUGAGCUCGGGGCUGUUGGAGGAGAACAGGCGGCGCUGCUGAGGAAGAAAAGCGUCAACACCACCGAGUGCGUGGCCGUGCCCAGCUCCGAGCAUGUGGCCGAGAUCGUGGGGCGUCAGGAUCCAGUGGUGGUAUCGAUGGGCCUGGUCUUCCUCCGAGAAUCCAGUGGAGAAGAAAGCUGCUCCUCGGGGAAUCCAGAGGGAAAAGGCUGCUCUGGUGUCCCAAAAUCUCAGAUUAUAUCCAGGUCCAACUGGAGUUUUCAUCACCAUAAACUAGGACAAUGGAGUUGUAGCUUGAACAUGAUAGUGUAUAUAAUUCUAAACAGCCUUAAAAGAAAUCAGCAGGUAUUGACUCUCAGAAAGGGUGCAUUAGUUUCAGGUGCACAGUUUAUUACCUUCUGUGCUCUAGUCCCAAACAAGGGAAUCAGCAUGCGCAUUAAAGCAGAUAACAGAUUUAUUUUGUUUGUUCUUCCUUUCCUGUAGAAGUGUAGACUUGAGAAGAAACUCAAGAACCCUUCUCCCUGAUGUCAGUCAUGAGAAAUAGCUGAUAGAGGAUCAGGAUAGAUUUGUCUAAGCUUUUCUUAAGCCUUCAAAGAAGGUUCCAUGGUCACCUUGCAUGAAGAUUGACUCACAGUCUUUCACAUGCCACUUUUCAGAUUUGCUGUGUUGAACUGCUGUCUGUAUUCAUUUCACAUUUAAGUUGUUCUAAACACAACAGUUCUGAAGGGUAGUUUUUUCCACAGGAUGAUCUUGUUGGUUUCUGAUGACAUCACUAAUUUAUCUUCCAAAGUUUCUGUAACUCCCCUCAGCUAGUUGCCAUCUAAAAGCUUGCUAAUUUACUAACAAAAACAAUGAUCCAGACCAGUGCUCUUAUCACACAAACACAACACUGAAAAUGCUUUUGAGUAUCAAAUCAUGAUCUCAAAGUCCUCCUUCAACCAGUACAGAGCUCAGAGCAAUUUCUUUUAGACUGUCUUUCUUUCACAGAUUUCCUAUCAAAUUCUUAUAAACUGGUGUCAGAAGGUGAGACUAUAUUUUCAUCUGCUGCUUCCCCUUUGGCCAUUAAUUGAGGGAAUACUAGUUAUCCUGAAGAGAAAACCUUAACAACCUUCUCCCUUUGAAAAAUACUGAAAACAUUGUAAUUAUCUCUAGCUAGAAUGAAUUCAGAUUGUCUCAUUACCAACACCUGAAGGUAUGAUGCAUAAUUUUGCUUGCAAUUUUUUUUCAAAAAUGCAGAAGAGAGUGUUACACAUGGGCAAAAAUAUAUGAAGUUUAAUUGCCCUACUCAGCUGGAUAAAUAUAAAAUGUUUCAAACUUGUGUAAUUACAAACCAACUUCCACCUGAAUGGACACAUAAUUUCCACUGUAGAACUAAAUAACAAUUAUUAAUUUCAUUUUU